CGGCCUCCACCAUUUUCUGUGGAUAAGAGUGCUCCCAAAAAACUGGUGACCCUCCCAAUUUUUUUUUUCUUGUUUUUUUGGUUUAUUUUUAAUCUUUUUCUUUUUUGAAUAUUAAAAACCAAUCCAAUCGCGCGAAGCGCCUCUCGUUUCUCCACGCCUCCACCUCCUCUCUCUCGAAGCAAAUGGGUAGAGCAGUACCAGGAGAGAACUACAACUAAGAACGUGUUAAUUGAGAGCCGAGGUUUUGACUUUUAAAUCAAGCUGCGCGAAAGUCUGGAUAGUAUAAGCUUGAUGUCUAACCGUGGUAUGCAGUUGGCGUCUGAUAUCACUACCAUGGAUCCGACAGGGCAAAGUAUGAAGAGAAAGGAAAUGAUUACUGCUGCUUCCAAGGAGCAGCAGUACAAAAAUGUUAAUUUACCGUCGAAUUCUUUGUACUCCCGGACUCAAUCUGGCUGCCCCAUUUGUUCAAGGGGAAAUAGCUGUCAGACGGUUCGGACCAGAACGAAACGAAUGGGAGCCCUGAUCGACGAAAGGAAACCCCAUGCGGCCCAAACCCUUUUCGAUUGCCUAAUUGAAGAAGGGCACAAGCCUUCUUUAAUUACAUAUACAACUCUAUUAAAAGCCCUCACAGAUCAGAAGCUCUUUGAAUCCAUUCCUUCUCUCAUCUCUCAAGUCGAACAAAAUGGCUUAAAACCCGACGCAAUUUUUUAUAAUGCCAUUAUAAAUGCAUUUUCUGAAGCGGGAAAGAUUAGUGAAGCCAUGAAAAUAUUUUGGAAGAUGAAGGAAAGCGGGUGUAAACCGACAACUAGCACGUUCAAUACGCUCAUAAAGGGGUAUGGCAUAGUCGGUAAGCCUGAGGAGUCGCAAAAUCUUUUUAAUAUGAUGUCUAUUGAUGAAAAUGCAAGACCGAGUCAGAAAACAUACAAUAUACUCAUCAAAGCAUGGUGUGAUGCGAAAAAUCUCGUAGAAGCUUGGAAUGUUGUGAAUAAGAUGCGUGCUAGUGGGAUGCAACCGGAUGUUGUUACGUAUAAUACUAUAGCGAGAGCUUAUGCUAAAAAUGGCGAAACAAGUAAAGCCGAGGAGUUGAUUUUGGAGAUGCAGACCAAGUUGCGCCCGAACGAGCGGACUUGGGCCAUUAUAAUCGGCGGUUAUUGCAAAGAAGGUAAUAUGAGUGACGCAUUCAGGUGUGUGCAACAACAAAUGAAGGAUGUUGGGAUUCGUCCGAAUGUUAUCAUCUUUAACACACUGAUAAAGGGGUUUCUAGAUGCACAGGACAUGUCUGGGGUUGACGAAGUUUUGAUGUUGAUGGAAGAACUUGGAGUUCAACCAGAUGUCGUCACGUACAGCCACCAGAUGAAUGCAUGGAGUGCGAUUGGGCAUAUGGCCAAAUGCAUGGAUGUAUUCGAUAAAAUGGUCGAGGCUGGGAUAGAGCCCGAUUCUCAAGUAUAUAGCAUUCUCGCCAAAGGAUAUGUCCGCGCCCGCGAACCUGAAAAAGCAGAGGCCCUUCUUGACAAAAUGGACGAACUAGGGAUCCGCCCAAACGUUGUGACGUUUACAACAAUUAUCAGCGGAUGGUGUAGCGCGGCCAACAUGGAGAAUGCAAUGAGAGUCUAUACAAGAAUGUGCGAAUCUGGCGUCUCUCCCAAUAUUAAGACAUUCGACACGCUUAUGUGGGGGUAUGGGGAAGUGAAGCAACCGUGGAAGGCCGAAGAGCUUCUUCAAACCAUGAGAGAAGCCGGAGUUAACCCUAAAAGGAACAGCUUUCGGCUUGUGGCAGAAGCAUGGAGAGCUAUUGGUCUACAAGAUGAGGCCAAUAGAGUGUUGGGUUCGCUACAGGAUAAUCAAGUGAGCCUCAAAAUAAACGUUGCGAGUAGCAGCGAAGUGGAGGGCUUGGAGUUGGGGGGAGGUAAUGGACAAGCUUCCCGUACGGCGAGCUCCAACUUAGCUCAAGUGACUAGUGCAAUCCACGAGUUUGCCUCGAGAAAGACGGUGUUCGUUAGUCCUCGGUUUCGAGCGAAGUCCACGAUAUUCUGUAGGAAGCAAUUUCAGAUGGAGGGUGGGAUUUACAGUCAGAUUAUUAGUCCAUGCAAGAUUGUUUUCCUAAAUUGAUUGAGGUUCUAUGGUGUUCAAAAGACCAUAGAUGCUCAUGGAUUUUUUUUUUUUGGAAAUUUCAUGUGUAUCUUUGUAUAAAAACUGGCAAAAAGAAAAAAAAAAGUUCUUGUCACUCCUUGGGACAAUGCAAUUUUUUUGCUUGUUGA